CAUGUAUUUCACGACAUUAAAGGCCACAACAUAUUGUUCAUCACCGGCGAGGACCAGGUGUACGGACUGGGCAUCAACUACUGGGGCUCUUUAGGGUUGGGCCACAACGUGCCCAUCGAGUCACCGGAGCUGAUACACGAAUUAUGUCACCAGAAUAUCCAAGAAUUUGUAAUUGGGGUAACAUUUGUGCUAGCCUUAGAUAAUAACAACCAGGUCUACGGUUGGGGUUGUAAUGAUUGCGGUCAGUUGGCCCGGGAGGCCACUCCGCCCAACGUAUACUUAAAGCCCGAACGAAUAGCAUUUUUCACCAACAACAAAUUUAUCACCCAGCUCAGUUGCAGCCAUAGCCACUCGCUGGCACUGGCCAGUGAUGGCGAUGUCUACUCGUGGGGUAACAACCGCAGGGGUCAGGUUGGGUGCGGGGAACCGACGGGUGAUCCCGAAUGGGACCUCAUUUCGACACCCGUUAGGGUAAAGUUUACCAACAAUUUUAAGAUCAAGAUGAAGGCCGUGUACUGCUCGGCCAUACACUCGUCGUUUGCCUUAACACUGGAUGGUAAGCCAAUGCCAGAACCGGUUAGUCCACCAAAACCCGCCACCCGUAGGGUUAAGCCGAUCAAAGCGGUACAUUUUGUUGACACUAAAGCAACAGUGAUUAAGUCUAAAUCGCCUGUCAUUGAAAACAAAUCGCCAAUCAUUGAAAAUGUCACAAACGAUAGUUAUUAUCAAAACACAUUUGAAGAGUUGUCGAGUGUAGGGUCGGGUGCUUUUGGCACAGUAUAUAAAGUGCAGCACCGCUACAAUCAGCGCCUCUACGCCAUCAAACAGAUUGUUUUAAACGAUUCAAACACCGAGCUAAAUGACCAACUGUUAAACUCAACAAUAAACGAGCUAAAACUACGGUCAGAGUAUGUAAUACAGUACACAACGUCGUGGUUGGAGGAUAACCAACGGCUGUACAUACAGAUGGAGUACUGUUCCCUAUCUCUCAGCGAUGUGCUGACAGUGAAAGGCCCGGUGUUUGGCCGCCAAUCCAGCUCUAAACCCAUGUCCACAGCCGAGUACUACUUGUCGUGCGGUAUAUUUGCCGAUAUCCUGGAGUGUGUCCAGUAUUUGCAUUCAGUGUGGCCACAUGUCAUUCAUCGUGGUCUCAAACCGAGUAAUAUAUUUAUCGCGCAAAGCGGCGUUAAAAAGGGUCGUUACCUCAAACUGUCUGACUUUGGUUUGGCCAAUGUGUUCAGCGCCGGCACAUAUAUACCUCCAUAUACUGCGCAAACGGCGUCCGAUGUUCACUACACGGCGCCGGAGUUGGUCGGCCCGGACGGCGCUGUUAAUCAACGUUUGGCUAAUACAAAGUCCGAUGUGUAUAGUGUGGGUGUUAUCGCACAGCAAGUGUUUGAUAUUAAUAUUAACGAGUAA